AGGCCACAUAAAAACAUGAUUAAUUAUCAGCUGGAUCACAUUACUAAUAAAAUUGAAGGUAAUUUAACUUUGGGCACAUCAUUUAGAAAGUCCCAUGGGUUGCAGGUUUUUAUGACCGAUCUAACUUCUCAGCUUAAUCUUUUCGUAAAUUCUUCCACAGCUGUUCACAUUCCUGGUGCUGCUGCCAUGGAGGCAAUGCUUGAAUACUAUUACUUCACUGGAGAUUGUAUGAAGGCACAUGACCAAAUCCGUGGUAUGUUCCAUAGCAAGUUAACUGACCAUAUUGAUAAAUACUGCAGUAAAGCAGAGUGCAGUGUAGAGGAUAUUAAGGUAAUAUGUCAUGAAAAUCAAGAACGUAAGAGAAGAGAUGCAAGCCAUACAAAGAGAUUUAGAUUAUAUAAACGUGACCAAACAAGUGUUGCUCAAGUCUUAAAGAUACGGUUUAAAAUUGUUGGUGUAAUACAGAAAAACAACAUUACAGAAAAGGAACAGUUUAAGCUGCGAAGAAUUUUAGGACAAAUAAACCUUGAGAUAAAGAAACUAGAUGGUUUAAAUAUAACAUCUAAUGUUAGUAAUCUCAUUGGUGAUCUAAGAGUAGCACAAUAUUCCAGUGGAAAAAUUGAAAUUCAGGCAAACUGUGGAGACAAAAAUAUGGUAACUGUUCAGUCUUCUACAACAAAGAUGUGCUUGGAUUGUCCUGUUGGCCACUUCUAUAGAAAUAAUAGCUGUAAGCCAUGUCCUAUUGGAGAAUAUCAAGAUAAAGAAGGACAGGAAAGUUGUGUGCAAUGCCCUCCAGGGACCAGUACAAUAAAAACAAAAUCCAAGGUUAGAGAUGAUUGCCGAGAUUUCUGUCGACCAGGCACUUUCUCCAGUAAUGGAUUUUCUCCCUGCCAACAAUGUGAACUUUCCACAUAUCAAGAGAACUACAAUGCUACUUCAUGUCAUAUAUGUCCUGGUUCCUCAAUAACCACUACAUUUGGAUCAGCCCACCUCUCAAACUGCAGUACACCUUGCUCUCCUGGCAGUUAUAAUAGCAAAACAGGGUUGGAACCUUGUAUACUGUGUCCAAAAUAUACUUACCAACCAAACAAGAAAUCAAAAGUAUGCUUCCUAUGUCCAUCAAAUAGCAAGAGUGUACAACUGGGAGCAAAAUCAAUCCAUCAAUGUUUAUAUAAAGACCACUGUAAAAAAUCAGGAUCAUCCUCAUCUGUAUGUGAGAACAAUGGCAUUUGUCACAAUAACUAUGACAAUUUCACCUGUGAAUGCUCGGAUGGAUAUGAAGGUAAACAAUGUGAAACAAAUAUUGAUGAAUGUUUGAAGAACAAAUGUUAUAAUGGAGGAACCUGCUAUGAUGGAAUCUUCAGAUUUACUUGUAAAUGUCGUCCAGGAUACACAGGUCAUCAGUGUGAAGAGGAGAUCAAUGAGUGUGAUACUUCUCCUUGUAAAAAUAAUGGAUCAUGUGAAGAUCAAUUGAAUGGUUUCAAGUGUUAUUGUCCACAACAGUUCAGUGGUAAAUAUUGUGAGACUGAAUUUAGUUACUGUCAUUCUUCUCCUUGUUCCCAUCAUGGUGUCUGUGAACAUCUGGGAUAUACUUUCCGCUGUCAUUGUGAUCCUGGAUUUACUGGCAGACAUUGUAAUCAGAUAAUUGACCAAUGUAGAUCUCAUCAGUGUUUGAAUGGUGGUUCCUGCAAGAAUUCAUUAAACUUUCCAGUCUGCGACUGUUUGCCUGGUUUCACUGGACAAAAAUGUGAAAACGAGGUUGAUGAAUGUAAGUUUCAGAGGUGUAAACAUGGUGGACAAUGUAUUGACCUAUUCAAUGACUAUCAUUGUUCCUGUAUUGAUGGAUACGCUGGCAAGAACUGUCAACAAGAGGUCAGCCCCAAUUUUGAUCUGGUGUUUAAACAUGAAGCCAUAACAAAUUAUGUUCAGGUUUGGUUUUUCCCUAAUCCCGAAGAGAUCACCAUCACUUUUUGGAUGAGAACUUCGGAUGUUUCUAGUUUGGGAACAAUGGUUUCCUACAAGAAGGAAAGCAACGAUAUCUUCAACCCUGAUAACUUUGCACUUUAUGACUAUGGAAGUUUGCAGCUGUGUGUUAAUGGAAAGAAGGCCAUCAUAGGCGUCUCACUCAACAAUGGCAUGUGGCAGCAUGUUUCUGUGACCUGGGCCAGUAAGGAAGGAACAUGGCAGCUUUAUCUGAAUGGUACAAACAUUGCACAUGGAGAAGGGCUUGCUACGGGGACCACGUUGCCUGUAGGCGGAAAGUUGUUUAUUGGACAAGAUGCCAAUGUACAGUAUGGGGCAGCGAAUGCCUUUGAAGCUUAUAUAGGGGAGAUAACUCAGAUGAACGUCUAUGACCAGGUUCUGAACGAUUCCGAAGUGAAAGAUAUUGCCAAUCAAGUGACUUGUAACCAAAAAUUUGGUAAUGUGUUGACUUGGAGCGAAUUUGCACUAAAUGUAAAAGGAAAUGUUACUAUUAGACAGAGUUCUUGGUGUCUUGAUAUUAACGAAUGCUUGUUCCCUGAAGUGUUUCCAUGUACGCCACCCAUGCUUUGCAAUGACACUCUUAAUGGUUAUGAGUGUAAUAGCUGUAUCUAUGGUUAUGAAGGUCCUAAAUGUGAUAAAAGCAUUGAUGAGUGUCGCCUUGGUGUUUGUCUCAAUGGUGCCAGCUGCAUUGAUGGGCCCAAUCCAUAUGAUUAUGUCUGUACCUGUGCUCCUAACUUUGUGGGGAGAAAAUGUGCUGAUGAAUUGAAGGAUUGCUCUGAAAAAGACAAAUGUCAUCCAUACGAAAGGUGUAUUACUGAUGGUAACAUAUUCCACUGCCAGAAGAGUGGUCAUACUUCUAUUGACGCUCCAACCAUUAACUGUUCUAAGGAGAAUCCUUGCAAAAAUGGUGGAACCUGUGUGGGUGAUACAAACCCUAACAGAUGUAAAUGUACCUCCAGGUUCAAGGGAAAGUAUUGUGAUGUUGCAUUUCAGCCAACAUGUGAACUCUCACCUUGUCUGAAUGGUGGUACAUGUGUUCCACAAACUAACUUCAAUCAAGGUUACAAAUGCAUCUGUCCACAGCGCAUCAAUGGUUCUGUUGUAGAUUUGGAUGACAACUGUGAUUUACAAAAUCCAUGUGAUUCCUAUCCAUGUCAAAAUAAGGGUAUAUGUCUAAGUUCUAAAGAGGAUGGAUUCAAAUGCGAAUGUGCUGAUAACUUCAAGGGAAAACAUUGUGAGACACAAACACACGAUUUUCUGAAAUGUGAUGCUAAUAUGAUAUGUCACAACUCUGGUACCUGUGUUAGACACAAUAUAACUGCGUAUGACUGUAAAUGUACUUUUAGGUACACAGGAAAACUAUGUGAAACUAGAAAAAAACAAGUAAAGAGAACCUAUGAUGUGACUGUUGAGGUUCAAUAUCCUUACUCAAAAACCAGUAACCAAGAAUUUUCAGCUCGUUUUGAUAAGGAGCUAAAAUCAUUAUACCAGAAAGUUAUGAAAAAUGUCCAGAUGGAAGUGAAUGUUAAAAACCUGAAGCCUGGCUUUUCUUUUAAUGAUACUGUGGUUCAAUUUGAAAUGAUUAUCAUUGAAUAUAUAAACUCUGCUGACCAUGAAUCAGUUACAAGUGAAUAUGCAAUAAAACGAGUCAUUGAAGAUGCUUUGUUUCGAAACACACUUGGUGGAUUUAAGGCAUCUCAUCGGCAGUUCAAAUUUAACGAGGUCACAGAUAGAAUGGUACGUAGUAGUACUGUGUUCUAUGUUCUACUGGCUAUAUUUAUUGUGGCCAUUGUUGCUGUUGGAGUCUGGAUUUACUUCAGAAAGUUUCGGCGCAGGGAACCACCAACUCUAAACUCUGAACAGAAUAACUGGAACACAAUGCAACACACAAAUAACCCUGCUUACAGUCCAACACUCAUCCGAAGACCUCCUCCACCCAUUCCAAUUGAAGACAAUCAUUAUGCAGAACUUUCAGAUGUGGUACCGAAUUACAUGAAACAUUCUCCAAAAGCAGCAAACUGUGAGAAAUUUGAACACCCCUUAGAAAUCAAAACAUUUGAGGAUGAUCCACCUAGUUCCCUUGGCAAAAUCAGUCCCCUUACCAAAAAUUGGUCAUGGAUUAAUGAAGAACCCGAAAAGGAGAGUAAAGAUAAAACUCAAUUUAAGCUCCAAGAUGGUGUCUCUAACAGAGCUUAUGAUGCUGGUGAUUAUAUGGUGCCUGUCAGUGAAUGGUCUGGAGAAUCAACGGCAGAUGAAAAAGAAGUUGAAGAUGAGGUAGAAGUUCACUAUGAGUAUGAGAGCCAGCCACAAUAUCUUGAACUCGACGACACUGGUAACAAAUCAAAAGUUCCAGCUGAAUUAAAGCCACCACUUCCUAAAUUAGAUGAUGACUUGCCUCCACCAUCACCACCUGCUCUACCACCUCCACCCCCACAUGAACUCAGACCCCUUCAACCCUCACCAGUAGCACGGCCAAGAGGGAGGCCACAGGCUCAAAGUGCAAUGUUAUCACAAAGAAAACUUCCACCUUUGCCAACACGACGUAAACGCCAUUGAUCUAUUUGACUGUUUAUUGGCAUCAAAAAUAAUUAUGCACACACACGCACACGUAUAAAUAUAUAUAUAUAUAUGUGUGUGUGUGUGUGUGUGUGUGCAUGUAUAUAUGUAUAUAUGUAUGUAUAUAUGUAUAUGUAUAU